GCGGCUUAAUGAUUCUAAUCUUGACGUUUCACUUUGUCUUCAUUAUCUGAGUGGUCAAAACACAACAUGUGUAGCAGGUUUUAGUUGAUAUUGAUAUUUUCUAGUCGUAGCGUCAUGAAAACGGCGAAUGGGUUCUGGUUGUUGUGCUGCGUUUUAGCGAUCUCGAAAAGGGCAAAAUCACAAAUGGCCGACGAUUGUCUCACUGAUAAGGCACGUAAAGGCAAAUGCGUUCCGAUCGAGGAUUGUCCAGCCCUUAGUAAGAUUGCAUAUAAAUCAGCAAUUUCAGAAGUGGAAAGGCGAUACCUUAAAGCACAUAGUUGUGGUUUUCGCAAAGUUUGUUGUGAAAAACCGUUGGAAGGAAUUGCUACUACCACCACUGCAACCGUUCCAGUUGAACCCGAUGAAAAAUCUACAGAUGUGUCUCAAUCUGUAGACAUUGCGAACCUUCUACCAAACGGAAAAAAAUGCGGUUUGGAUAGUGCCGGACAUCGUAUAUUUGGCGGAGACAUAACCGAAAAGGAUCAAUUUCCAUGGACGGUGGCUUUGGAUUAUAACCUACCCAGGGUAAUGGGAGUGCGCUGUGGGGGGUCGCUGAUUAAUACGAAAUAUGUACUAACUGCUGCUCAUUGUGUGGAUAAUGUUCAGAAACAAGACAUCACUCUUCGUUUGGGUGAAUGGGAUCUCGAGCAAAACCCAGAUUGCGAAGAAACGGAUGAUCAGGACUGUAACCCGGAUGUUAUGAUAGAGAAUGUCGCCCGGAUCAUCAUUCAUCCAAAAUAUAAAAACAAGGUUAAUGAUAUUGCGCUAUUGAGAAUGGAGCAUUCUCUUCCGGAUGAAUAUACGUCGCACAUUUUCCCUAUAUGCUUGCCGUUCUCAGAAGAGCUUGUACAUCUUUCAUACACCAACAAAAAUGUUAGCGUAGUUGGUUGGGGUCAAACUGAAAAAGAAAUCAGAAGCCGUUACAAAAUGUACGCUGGAUUGAUUACCAUCAGUACUAGCGUGUGUGCUGAAGCACUGGAGAAGCAGCUUAAUGAGGAGCAAAUAUGCGCAGAAUCGUUUACAGAUACCAUUCGUGACACCUGCGGAGGCGAUUCUGGUGGACCGUUGCAGAUUCAGAUAAAUGGAACUUACUAUCUUAUAGGAGUUGUUAGUUACGGACCACCGUGUGGCAGGACUUCCCUCCCAGCGGUAUAUACCAGAGUUACGGCAUUCAUGAGCUGGAUAUUAGACAAUAUAACAGACUAGUUGGGUGUCGCUCAGAGUUUAAAAUAGUCAUUUGAUUUUAGUGAAUUCCAUGGCUCUUUUCUGUCAGCUUACUGCCAGAUACAUUCACUAUCGACUUUGUAAUGUCAAUAUUCCAUUGAAUAAAGUGAACAUUUUACACAAAUUAACAAAUUGCAGUGAAACAAUAAAAAAUUCAAA